AUGAAAUCACUGUGUUUGCUCGCCUUCGUUGCCGUCGUCACGGCCGAAGUCUACUUCAAGGAGGAAUUCAACGACGCCUCGUGGGAGAAGCGAUGGGUUCAGUCGAAGCACAAGGACGACUUCGGAGCGUUCAAGCUCUCCGCCGGAAAGUACUUUGACGUCGAGUCUCGCGAUCAGGGAAUCCAGACAAGCCAGGACGCCAAGUUCUACUCGCGUGCCGCCAAAUUCACCAAGGACUUCUCCAACAAGGGCAAGACGGUCGUCAUCCAGUACACCGUCAAGCACGAGCAGGGAAUCGAUUGCGGAGGUGGUUACGUCAAGGUUUGUGGCAAUUUCUCAAUGGAUCCAAUUCAAAUUUUGCCCUUCAGGUCAUGCGCUCUGACGCCGAUCUCGGAGACUUCCAUGGAGAGACCCCAUACAACGUGAUGUUCGGCCCAGACAUCUGCGGACCAACUCGCCGCGUGCACGUCAUCCUCAGCUACAAGGGCAAGAACCAUCUGAUCAAGAAGGAGAUCACCUGCAAGUCUGACGAGCUCACCCACCUCUACACCCUCAUCCUCAACCCGGACAACACCUACGAGGUCAAGAUUGACGGAGAGAGCGCCCAGAGCGGAUCGAUCGAGGAGGACUGGGAUCUUCUGCCGGCCAAGAAGAUCAAGGAUCCGGACGCGAAGAAACCAGAGGACUGGGACGAGCGCGAGUACGUCGAUGACGCCGAGGAUGUGAAGCCAGAGGACUGGGAGAAGCCAGAGCACAUUCCGGAUCCGGACGCGAAAAAGCCAGAGGAUUGGGAUGACGAGAUGGACGGAGAGUGGGAGCCACCAAUGAUUGACAACCCAGAGUACAAGGGAGAGUGGAAGCCGAAGCAGGUGAAGAACCCGGCCUACAAGGGCAAGUGGAUCCACCCUGAGAUUGAGAACCCCGAGUACACUCCGGAUGACGAGCUCUACUUGUACGAGAACUGGGGAGCCAUCGGAUUCGACCUCUGGCAGGUAAGAGAGCUCUCGCACACGUGGAAUUGUUAGAUUCUAUUUAAUUCAUUUACAGGUCAAGUCUGGAACCAUCUUCGACAACAUCCUCAUCACCGACUCCGUUGAGGAGGCCGAGGCCCACGCCGCCGAGACCUUCGACAAGCUGAAGACUGUUGAGAAGGAGAAGAAGGAGAAGGCCGACGAGGAGGCCCGCAAGGCCGAAGAGGAGGCUCGCAAGAAGGCCGACGAGGAGAAGGAGGCCAAGAAGGACGAUGACGAGGAAGAGGAGAAGGACGAGGAGGAGGGACACGACGAGCUGUAA